AUGAUCGCACAGCAUGAGAACUUUUCGAAAUUCCCACAAGGCCUCAAAGAAUACGUUCUGGCUGGUCUGAAGGGAGAGCUGCCCGUACAAAGUAUGGCCCCUCCACCUAUGGAUUCUAGUGGAAGGGCAACACCUCCAUUAAGUUGGACACCAGCCCAAAGAUCGUCAAGCACGGAAAGUGCCAAAGCAACAUCGAGCAGUACGAGCGUUGGAAGUACGAAUCGAACAGGUAACUCUGUGCUGUCCUAUACGAAUGUAGACACUUUGGUCUCAGCGACAGAAAAGGAGGGUGCUGAGGUUGCGCAGCCGGACGUUGCGGUUGUUGAUAAAGUGCUAUUCCUAUUUAACAACCUCUCGCAAAGUAAUUUAACAACCAAAAAGGAUGAGGUAUUAGCGCUAAUUGAUGAACAUGGUGAACCAUUUAUACGGUGGUUCGCUCAGUACGUGGUUAUGAAGCGGGUGUCAAUUGAGCAAAACUUUCUGCCACUGUACAAUCAAUUUGUGCAAGCGAUAAACCAUCCACUUUUGGACGCACAUAUCAAGCGUGAGACGUUCAGGAACAUUAGGAUUUUACUGCGAUCUGACAAACGACAAGCGGCUUCGAAUUACAGUGAUCGACAGUUGUUGAAGAAUUUGGGCAUGUGGCUUGGUUCCAUCACUAUAGCCCGUAAUAAGCCAAUUCUGAUUCAUGAACUGGAUUUGAAAGCGCUUCUUAUGGAAGCGUACUAUAAAGGACAACAAGAGCUGUUAUUCGUCGUACCGUUCAUUGCGAAAAUACUGUUCUCAUGUGGUAAAACUCAGCUGUUCAGUGCCACAUGCGCAUGGAUACGUUCCAUAUUGAAAGUAUUAGCAGAACUACACAAUGAACCAGAUUUGAAAAUUAAUUUGAAAUUUGAAAUCGAAGUGUUGUGUAAAGAGUUAUCAGUGGAUUUGGAGUCGUUACCCGUCGAAGGCUUGCUAAAGGACACCGACCGCCUUGUCAGGGUCACUCAACAGCUCUCAGACCUGAAAACCCUUUCACAACCCGAUCAGGCGAAUAGCAGUCCCGUACCAGGUCAAAUGCGACUUGCUCCUGAUGCAGUGUCUGCUCCAGGAGCAGAUACAAAGCCAUCGACUCCGAAUCCAGAAUCGGAGGGCUCGUCAGCAAUUGUCGACGGUACUGCCAGCGCUGUUAUCGUACCACCUCUUCAUUUUGCAUAUCACGACAUCAAUGUGACGUCAUAUGAGGGGCUUAUUCCUCAUAUCAAGUUCCAGCUGUCACUACCGUUAUUCCAGCUUCAUCCGCAAAUGAAACAUCAUGUACGACCAGCGCUUACGCAGGCCAUUAAAGAGCUCAUAGGGCCUGUAGCAGAACGAGCGCUGAAAAUUGCGAUGAUCGUCACUGAAACGCUCGUUCGCAAAGAUUUCGCCCUCGAUCCCGAUGAAACCAACUUGAAAAAGGCAGCAUUUCAUAUGAUGCGUGCAAUGACGGCGGGCAUGGCGAUGAUCACCUGCCGUGAUCCACUGGCUGGAACGAUGGCAUCAUUACUGCAGCAAUCGUUCACCAACUCUCUUCGAACGUCGAACUCUGAACUUUCGAAGAUGAUCGAUGAAGCAGCUCGGGCAAUCACACAGGAUAACAUCGAAUUGACUACGAAUUUUAUCGUGAANAAGAAUUUCUCUUAUAUGUAUUGUUUGUGUGGAGCCGCUGCCGAGCUGGAAAAGCGACUGGAUGCCGAGUGUGCACGUCGAGUGGCUGCUCGCCGUGAAGGAACGGAAUGGCACGAUGCUACCAUGGAGAAGAUUCAAGCUGAACUGCCACCACGAAUAGCCAUUCAAGUCGGUCCAACGCGAAAGGAACAUCUCGCCAUCUAUGAGCAAUUCAGCGGAAGAAUUUGUGGCUUCAAGCCCACAAUCAAUGAGGACACGUCGGGAUCAGUCAUGGAAACGGUCAGCAGAGCAAUGACUCUUCCUGAAACAGCUAAAGAGGUCGAGCAACUCACCCAACAGCUUAAUAGCAUCAUCAAGGAAGUGGAUAUUACGAUGCAGGCGCAACCGAAUCCGUCUAAUAAGGCAUAUCAAGGCGUUGGAGCGAUUCGAGAUUUACUAUCUCAACUCGCAUCUAAUCCACGUGAUUCGAUGACGGUCGUCAACCUGAUUACCCGUUCCGUUGAAUAUCUUCUGCAUGCUUACCAUGUCGAUAGUACAUCGAAAGCACUUGACGUCGAAUGGGCAAGACGCCUUCGCGAUUUGUUCCUUGGGGUAUGUCGAGUGCUGCUCACACAAUUCACUUUGGUGGAUUUGUCGAGACGUAUCACUGGUAGCAUAGUCAACGUUCGAAUGGAUUACAAAUGGAAUGUGGAAGCUAUUGAAGUGCUGUUGAAACACCAACUGGUGCAAACACAAGUGUUCGAUCAGCAUUUGGCUCACGUCAUGGAUGGAGGAUCAAAUGUGGAAGCGACCUUGUUUGCACAGCGCUUCUUCCGUGUUAUAGGCUCGAAUGACGCUUCACGGAUUCCGGUCAUCAAGGAGGCGUUCCCGGCUACCUAUGAGCAGCUAUUCAAGAUGCAGCAAGUACAGGCGAUUUUGCGACAGCAAGCUGCUGCUGCAGGAGGAGCAACUGAGCCUAACCUGGACUCGCCGCUUGGACCAGCAGCCAUGGAUUCGUUGGUAACAUCGACUCCAGCCACGACUGGUGUACCAACAACUGUUCCGCCAUCAGCUGAGGAGCCUGGAAUGUCCGAUAAGGUGGAGAUCAUUCUGCGAGAAUGGAUUGGUUUGUGUUAUACGCCUAUGGCACAGAGAAAUCCAAAGGAGGCGUUGUUCCAAAUGAUUGUGAUGAUGCACGAACAUGGUGUCCUGUCAGGCGAUGAAAAGAUCUCACAGUUUAUCCGAAUGUGCACUGAAAUGUGUGUAGAUGUUGCGUUACGACUUCUGAAAACGGAUGCAUCCGCUCCAGUCAGUCCAUCGAAUAUCGUGCGACAGCGAUGUUACUACACCCUCGAUGCAUUCGUAAAACUUAUGGCGUUAAUGAUCAAGUACUCUGACGGUGGGAGUGCAUCUCCAUCUGGCACUUCAAAGAUCGCGCUUCUGAAGAAGGUGCUCCACAUCAUCACAAGCGUACUACAUGUAGAUCAUGAGGUACGACGAGCGGAAUUCAACGCGAUGCCGUAUCAUCGAAUUCUGAUCACGUUGUUCAUCGAACUGACCACACCGGACGGAUCAAAUCUUGAACCAAUUGCAUGGUCAAUAAUCGAAGCCUUCGGACAGAAUGCUUUGUUUAUGUUGCAACCUCGGCGAUGUCCAAGCUUUGCGUAUGCAUGGUUGGAUUUCGUCGGUCACAGAGCUGUAAUUGGAGCCCUUCUGGGAGGUAACGGUUUCGCUGAAAGCGUUGAUCCAAUGAAGACAUCAGCGAUGUAUACACAGUUGUUGAUCUGCCAUUUAAAGUUCCUCGCUCCAUUCCUACGGAAUAUUCAACUGCCAAAGUCGAUAGCCGUUUUGUACAAAGGAACACUUAGGGUUCUACUAGUAAUUCUUCACGACUUCCCGGAACUAUUGUGCGAAUAUCACUACGUCAUCAUUGAUACGAUACCGCCGAACUGUGUGCAGCUCCGGAAUUUGGUGCUGUCGGCGUAUCCCCGAAAUAUGCGACUACCAGACCCGUUCGCCUUGAACUUCAAACAAGUGGAUAGCAUCCCGGAAAUGGCGAUUGAACCGAAAUCGAACUUGAACAUGGCGUCCAUAAUCCCGGAUUCCAUUCGCUUGCCCCUGGAUGCGUACCUCAAGACCCGUUCGGCAGUUGACUUCCUUUCAGCGUUGCCCGGAAUGUUGCAGAUAUCUGAUACGCCCGGUUCCAAGUACAACAGUACGGUGAUGAAUGCCAUGGUUUUGUACGUCGGAAUGAAAGCUAUCGAAAGCUUACACGAGCGACGGCAACGCAUUUCGAUUCACACAAUUGCGCAUACAGCAUUCAUGGAUAUUUUCCAAAAUCUGGCUGUUCAGUUGUGUACAGAAGGCCGAUAUCUGCUAUUCAAUGCGAUCGCAAAUCAACUGCGUUACCCGAACGCGCAUACUCACUACUUCAGUUGCGUGUUUUUGUUUUUGUUCUUGAACUCGGAUCACGAUGCGAUUCAGGAACAAAUCACACGCAUCCUUUUCGAACGACUGGUAGCAUUGCGUCCACAUCCGUGGGGUCUGCUUAUCACGUUCAUCGAACUAAUCAAAAAUCCCGUUUACAACUUCUGGAAGUACGAGUUCACCCGGUGCGCUCCUGAAAUUGAGCGACUAUUCCAAAAUGUUGCAAACACGUGCGUUACGGCACGACCAGCUGAUUCAGAGGCGAGCAAGGCUUGA